UGUUGCAGGUGUCACUGAGCCCCUGCGGCUCCACGGUGGGGAGAGCCGGUGCGACGGACGGCUGGAGGUGGCCAUGCGCUCCGGUGUCUGGGCCCAUGUGUCUGUGGGGCCGUGGGACAAUGGCACUGCCAUCGUGGCGUGCCAGCAGCUGGGCUGCGGUGUGCCUGAGAAAAUCUAUGCUGUGCUGGCCACUAGCUUGGGCCCCAUGGAGCUGCAGGAGUUGUGGUGUGAGGGCACCGAGGAGCUCCUGGCACAGUGCAACAUCUCCUGGACUUCUGCUGAACCAAGCCACAGCCCCGAGGUGUUGGCAAUUGCCUGCUCUGGUGAGUGCACUGGGAAGGGCCUUGAGAACAAUGUUGCCAUCCCAGCCCCAGCCCAACCCUCCCAUGCAGGCAGCUGGCGGCUGAGGCUGGCAGGAGGCCCCGGGCGCUGCGCCGGCAGGGUGGAGGUGUACAGCGAGGGCACCUGGGGCACCAUCUGCCAGGACACAUGGACCCUGCAGGAUGCCACCGUCGUCUGCCGCCAGCUGGGCUGCGGAUGGGCUCUGGAGGCACCGGGCUCUGAGCGCUUUGGGCCUGGCACUGGGACGCUGUGGCUGGGUGCUGGGGGCUGCUCCGGGACAGAGGAUGCUCUCUGGCACUGCCCGGCCCCAGUGCAGCGUGGCUGCCGGCUUCGUGGUGGAGCGGGUGCCGUGUGCUCAGGGCUGCUGGACCUGCGGCUGACGGGGGAAAGCAGCAGAUGCAGAGGUUACCUGGAGGUGCUGCAUGAGGGGACGUGGGGUUGUGUUUGCGCCAAUGGCACCAGCCCCGCCACUGCCACUGCUGUCUGCCGCCAGCUGGGAUGCGGCACAGGGGGGAGUCUGGAGGCUGUCCCUGCACAGGGCUCAGAUCCUGCCUGGCUGAGCUGGGUGAGUUGUGAGGAGGGGGCCCGCUCGCUCUGGCGCUGCCCCUCGGCGCCCUGGCAGCUGCAGGAAUGUGACCCCACCGGGAUCACCUACAUCGCAUGUGAAGAGGACACCAGAGACAGGAGUGAGGCCACCAGCCCAACCUCAGCUCUCACCCACAGCACUGACCCAGUGACAGAAGCACCAAGGAGCUCGUCAGCACUCACGGUGCUCUGCGUGAUCCUGGGGAUGCUGCUGUGCCUGGCCCUGGCUGCCCUGGCUUUGCAGGCACACCGCACACAGGCCCGGUGUCAAGGCCCCAGCAAGGAUGCUGCCUCCGAGGUGGUGUAUGAGGAGCUUGACUACAGCCUGAUGCCUGAGUACCAGGAUGUGCCCAGCUACACAGGUAAGAGCGGGAUGGUCCCUGGGUCCGGGAACUAUCCCCAUUUCCUAUCAUGUCCCCAAUGCCCUUCCUCCCCUCCAGGCUCCCUGUCCAAAGGCUCAGGAACAAAGCUCUCAGAUCACCCCAGGGAUGGCGCAGAGGAGAGUGACGUCCAGGUGUCCCCAGGUAGGGGCACAGGCACAGAGGUGCACUGGGAGGACAGAAAGGCACCGAGAACCACGCGAGGCAAUGUAGCCAAACAGUGCAGAUGGGGAGGCGAGGGCACGCAGCCCCUCCUGGCUGUGUCCUCACCACCAGUUCCUGCGUGCCUUUCAUAGACCCCCCAGCCCAGCCCCAGCACAGCCCCUCGCAUGGCUACGAUGAUGCUAUGGCUGUGCUGGAGGUAUCCUCCUCUUCCCAUACUGGGGAUGCCCUGGCACAGCCCCCCAAGGAGACAGGCUAUGACGACGUUGGCAUCGGCGUCCUGGGGACAUCGCUGUGAGCAGGCCCUGGGGACAUGGCUGGAACAGGGACCUCUUUCCCCAAAAACGAGUGGCUCAGGCUUGGCAGCAUCACCUCUCCCUGCCUGGCACUGCAGAACAGUAGCAAACUGUUCCAUUCUCCUUCCUGCACCUGCAACACAACAGCUUGUCAGCUUUUUCAAAGUUAUUUUCUAUAACUCUCCCCUUAUGAGAUUCUGUUCUUUAUUAAAACCCCAAAACUGUGAGGAUAAUCACUUCCAGCCUUGGCUCCUCUACCUGAGUCUAUCAGCCUUCCCUCAUGGCCAUGUGCAUAGCUGGAUUUCAGAGACAUCCCCUUCAGCACUGGGCAUGGGGGAAACAAAGGAAAGAGUGGGAAAGCUCAUGGGGACGAGGUGGGAUGUCUCCCAUGACAGCUGCCAAGCAGCCGUCCCUUCAGGCUGAACUAAAGUCAGCUUUGGAAAUGGACAAUCAGACAAGCCAAAGGCUCCACAGUGUCUUGGAAGUGGCUG